AUGGUUUUUCCAAAAAUACCCAAUAAACAAAUAGAAAAUGUUUUAAUGAACUUUUAUUUUAGCCCAAAUGAAACUAUCAGAAUCUUAAAUAAUCCAAUUUAUAUGAUGACUUAUCACGGGUUGAUUAUUAUACAAAUCUCAUUGUUAUUUGUUAACUGCUUAUGUAAUGGAUCAGAAUGGUCUUAUUCAAAUGUAUUAACUGGACCGGAAACAUGGAAUCACCACUAUAAAAAUAUGUGUUCAGGUUAUUAUCAAUCACCGAUUGAUUUGAGAUCAGAUAUAUCUAUACUUGAUUUAAAAUUAAAAACUGUGGUAAUUUAUCGAAACACAUCAACUAUUGAGACCACUACAAUUCAAAAUAAUGGUCACUCAGCUGAUGUUACAUUUUCACCAAACACUUGGUUUAUAUCAUUUGAUGGCUUACGUGACUAUAAAUAUGAAAUCGUGAAAAUGCAUUUUCACUGGGGUAAUACUGAUGAUCGUGGAUCUGAGCAUACUAUUGAUGGACGUAGAUUCCCUUUAGAAGGACAUAUUGUAUCGUUUCGAAGACAGAUGUAUUCGUCACCCAGGGAAGCUAUCGGUCGACCAGGUGGACUUGCUGUUCUUGGUAUCAUGCAUAAUAUUGUUGAAUCAAUAAAAUAUGAGCAAACAGUGUUCAAGGCAUAUAACAAUUUUUCUGGUGUACUGAAUUCACAAUUCGCUCCUCCGAAUACUUUGUCAGUUGAUAAUAUGAAUUUAGCGCUAAUUCUAAGUUUGUUGAAUCCUAGUCGUUAUUUUCGCUAUUUUGGUUCAUUAACAACUCCACCAUGCACAGAAAAUGUUCUUUGGACUGUUUUUACGGAUCCAGUGCCAGUUACACGUGAACAGCUCUUUCAAACAAGUUUCAAUGUACUCACUGAUUCGAGUCACUCAACAUUAGUAUGUUGUUUCUAUGCUAUUCAAGGUUGAGAGUAACCGAUGGAGGUGGAGAAAUACUCAUUUUGUGAUAGUUGAUGCUGAUUACCUAUUUUUAUUCCAAAUCAUCAGGGAAUCAAUGUAGUGAUCUGUAUUUAUUACGUGUUUGGAUUUUAGUAAACUAGUACGUUCCGGUUUGAAUCAUGAAUAUUUUCGCCUUAUUUUGAAACAAUGCCUACGAAGCAGAAAUAUCCCACCAACCGUCACCUAGUACAGUGACUUACUUAUGUCAUCCAAAUUCGAACAAAUUAAUCUAGAUGAUUAAUUAAACGUACAAAAAAUUGAACUUCGCUUCAUAAACAAACAUAUAUAAAGAAUAUAGAAAGCAUUCAAACUCUGUUAUAAUCAGGUUUUGUGGAGAUUAUAGUAAUUUAACCAUUGAAUUCAUUAAUCAAUUGAAGCCAGACCACCAUGGAAAACCUAGAAGCACUGGACGGACUUUUUAUUCUAGUAUAGAACUCCGCAGUGCGCAUCCACAAUCCCGCCCCGCAUGAUUCGAACCCAGGGCCUAUGAGUCUCUGAUCGCUGGGAAGUCCCAUACUAGAAUGAAACGGCCGUCCAGUGCUUCCUGGUUUUCCAUGGUGGUCUAGCUUCAAUUAACACACGAAUUCAAUUAUUGAAAUAUUCUGUUGUUCAGUUUGCAAGAAUAACAAUGUUCCUAAAUAGAAGGUGAAAUCAUUACGAGAUUGGGGAUUUCUAUAAGGUAUCAGAUAAACUAUAUUUUAUGAUUGAUAAAAAUACAAGACCUGUUUCCACUGUUCUAGAAACUUAAUUUUUAAUUUUUAGUACUUAGCAACAAAAAACAAUUAGAUUUAUAAAUGCUUCAACGAUAUAAAUAUAAUUGAAUCUAUGAUAUUCAUUAUAUCGCAAUCACCCUAUGAAUCACUUCAUUCCAAGAAUGCAGUGAAGACGUUUCAUGCAAACAACAUCAAAAUUUUUGUAAUUUAAAAAUCCUCGAAGGAUGUUUAGGAUCACGAAGCACUAAAGUGAAUGGUAAUUUUCGGUGACUUCUUUCUUAGAUUCACGAGUAAUAUAAUUCAAAAUUAUGAAAUAAAAUACAAAAUAUUAAAGUUUAAUUAAUUAUUAUAUUAUAAAUUGGAAAUGUCAAUUUAUUAUAGAAAGAUAACGAUCAUUUGUCCUAAUACUGUUUGUUUUUGAAAAUUUUUUUUAUUUUAUUCGUCAAAUCAUGUUUGUGUUCUGCCAUUACCGACAUUAUUAAAGUCACUUACAAUACACUCUCUUGAAUAGACUAAUUCUUACAGCUAACGGUAGAAUAAAGUUUGGCUUAUAUAUCAGUAAAUCUUAAAUAAUCUAAGCAUUGACAUAAAUGUGUAACAGUACGCAUGUUCACAUUUGAUGUCCGGUUAUCAAGAGAGUAUAAACAUGAUGACAGUUAAAAGAAUUAAUAUAGCAGUAUGAGCAAAGAUGGAUAAUGGUGAGCAGUGAAAUCCAGGAUGCGUGUUUCAUCCUAUUUGGGACUCGUCGACUGGAUGUACUUGGAUCACAGAGUUAUUGGUCACUCCGACUCUCGAACCCAGUAUUAAGACUCAAUAUGUAGGUGAAUAACAUGGUGACGUUCGAAGCGAAAGGUACUGGGUUUGAGUCCCGGAGUAAACAUCAACUAUGGGGUGCAGAUACAUCCAGUUGAUGAGUCCCAGAUAAAGAUUAAACACGCGUCCUAGAUAUCACUGCCAGCCACCAUCCAUCUUUGCUUAUAAUUCUUAUGAAAUAAGGCAAUAUGGAGGCAAUCCGAACAGGAUAAACAUACGCCAAUAAAAGACUGAUCAAUCACAGUCCUAAACAUCAAUGGAAGAUUCAAGUAAACAGUACAAUAUAAAUUUAACAUAGCAGUGUUAUUAAUUAUAUUACAAAAUUAAGCAGAGUGAAUUCAGUUGAGAAACUAAAUAAAAUGGAAAAAUCCAAAGUAUGAUAUGAUUAUAAAGCAUGUGAAAAGGAUAAAAAAUGAAUAAAUACAUGCCAUUUUAUUUAUCCUUGAGUCAUAUCAUUUAAAGCUUUCAUCCGCUAAUAUCUGCCAUUGUAUAAAGUCUAAUUAGGAAAUCUGCAGCUCCCAACUUGUCUUAGUCACUGGCCUCAUAGAUUAAUUCUAACUAAAUCACAUCUUAUACACGUGUUGUUUAUCAUUAUCAUUUAAUUAUUAAAGGGAUUUACACCUUCACACUGGUUAAACACGUAAAUAAACUUUUCAACAUGUUUUAUUACAUUAGUAUUUAUUAGUCGUUGAAUAAUAUUUGUAUUAUACUGAAUAUGACUUUUUCCAGGUUAAUCUAUUACGUAGUUUA